AUGAGAACCCUUCCGGUGGCUAACCGACUUGCCACCGGAAGGAGCCGAGGGCUGCCAGGUUGCCCAAACCUAGACAGGGGAAGUCGAGAAGCAGAGGUCGGGUUCGAACCACGGACCUUCCGAAAGUCUCACCGAGAGUUGGUGGUAGUUGGCGGGAAAUGCAAGUGUAUUACCGUUUUUAUUGAACGAACCGGCACCCAUGCUGCAACACCCCACCUGGAGGACCAGGAGACUGUGUUCGUCAGACCUCUAACCAGCGUGCGAGGUGAGAUGGCUCAGUGGUUAGAGCACGAAUUUACUGACCGGAAGGUUCGUGAUUCGAACCCGCCCUCUGCCUCUCAACUUUCCCCAUCUAGUCACGUGAUUGUUUGUGGCAGUAUCAAUUACCAGUCGGUCUCGGUGUUCAUGCACGCCUUUGUGAACGCGGAUCGUGGUCGGUUUGACAAAAACAUAAUGAUGCUGUUUAUGUCCGAAACGAAUCCGGAUACUCGACUGAAGGCGCUACUCAAACGCGAAAGUGUGCACGCGACAUUCCUCAGAGGAGAUGCUACGUCGCCAAAAGACUUGAAAAGAGCAAAAAAACUGACAGCAAGAACGCCACUGACAUCGAUUAGCCGCCAUUUCUUGCAACGUCUUCAGCCAAGCACAGACGGGGUCACGGGGACCCCAUCCUGGAAGGCGUACAACACCAAAACACCUAAACUCUUCGUGAUCUCUUUCACGCCUUUCUGCCAAGCUCGUUUUGCUGAAGCGGUGAUCGUCCUUUCGGACGGACAGAGCUCGGAUCCAGCAAAGGAUGACUGGGAGAACAUUAUGCGUGUGGUCUCGGUGAAGAACCUGCAUUCGAAAUGUCGCAUUCUGUGUGUUUUAACAAUGAUGGACAACAAAGUUUCCGUCAAGUGUGCUGCAAUCGCGCUUGAGUCUGGUUUCUUUCCCCUACCACUCAGAGAUACGGGAUUGUGUUCUCGCAUUCUGUCCGACAAAUGCCUUGUCGUACGACCAACGUAUGAUGCUCGGCACGAGCAUCAUACUAAUGAGUGCACACAAAAGCUGAUGGUAGAAAGUGGCAAUUUGUCCUUCAAGCAGAAUUUGAUAGCACUGAUGUCCAACAUUCCAGGUUGGCGGGAGGGACGAACAGAUGAGUUUGAUCGUGCGAUUUGUACAACACAACUGAAGCUCGGGUUGAUGUCUUUGAACUGUCUGGCACGGGGAGCAUCAACCUUGUUGACCAACCUCAUGGUAAAAGUACCGAUUCCGACAAAACUGGAUGAGACGAUAUUGAACAGUGCUACUGAGGUCGCCGCAAAUGGCUAUUAUACUUUGCCGCCAAGUCAUUGUUUGACAUUCUCUGUCUCGUUUUCGCCCUUCACAUGGUUAUGCAAAAAGAGUCCUUUGAAAAAAAAGCGGUUUCCUGCGUGGAUUCGAAACUAUUUCCGAGGGACUCGGUACGGCUUGUAUACGGUGAAGUUCUCGCCCUCCUUCGAUGAAAUGCCCUUCCAAACAGUUGUCAGCAUAGCCAUGCAAAACCUUCAAUUACUCUUGGUGGCGGUACACAUAUAUUCGCAGAAAGACACUGUCGAACAGAUUGUCAUCAACCCCGGUACCUAUCUGCGGAUAAAUUCUCAGCAGAUGCGAGCCAUUGUUUUGGCGGACAGUUUUUUACAUGCGCAACACUCACGACCGGUUUCGCCCUUCUUGGGACUCAUCAGAGAGGCACAGUCCCCGAGUUUCCGUCAACCUUAUGUUCUACUUGAACCCAGAUCGGACUGUUUUCGAGAAACACACUCAUUUGCAAAUCAGUCUGGUUUUCACGAGAGACUCAGCUGA